AUGAGUAACACGAUGCGCGACUUGAUCUCUGGCGAGGCAGAGCUCGAUGACGAAGAGGAUGACGAGUCAUUUGACGAGGAGACUGGAGAACAGACUCGCAAGAAGAGAGCGACUCAAUUUGAUGACUCGAGCGAGGAAGAGGAAGACGAUGAUGAUGAAGAGGAAGCAGCAAAGAUCCGAGAAGGAUUUAUCGACGAUGACGAGGAAGAACUUGAAGAAGAAGAGUCUGAUGGUGAACGUCCUGUAGUGAAGAGAAAACGGGAGCAUCGCGAUCGAGAUGAGGAGGCGCGCCUGGACGAGGAAGAUUUGGAACUUAUCGGCGAGCAAUUCCCGCGCGCCAAGGCACAGCCUCAGUCCAAGUUCAAGCGCCUCAAGCGUGGCCAUAGGGGCGAAGAACGAGGGGAGAACGAUCGCACUGCCUUGGAAGAGAUUUUCUCAGACGAAGAUGAAGACGUUGCGGAGCCUCGUUACGGGCGAUCAAAUUACCCUCGCGAUGAUCUCGACGACUUCAUCGAAGAAGACUUCCCUGAAGAUGAGGAUAUGCGACAACGAGACAGAGAAGAUGCCGAAGUCGCUCGCCCAAGAGAGCGUGGUGUCGGCGCUGUCGUAGAUACGACUGGCCUGGAUAAGGAUGCUCUGGACGAUAUGGAGGCCAUCUUCGGAAAUGGCGAAGACUAUGAAUGGGCUCUGGUGAUGGAGGACGACGAGGAACACCGCGAGCGAGAAGAUCAGCCGAUCGAAUUGAAGGAUGUUUUUGAGCCCUCCCAGCUGAAGGAGAAGCUCCUCACCGAUGAGGACAACCAAAUUCGAUUUACCGACGAGCCUGAACGUUUCCAGCUUGAGCGCAAGGCCUUUAAGAACCUACAGUUGACUGCCGAACAAUUUAGAGAGGAGGCCAAGUGGAUCACCAACCAGCUCUGGCCUAAGAAGGGAUUGCCUCAAGAUCUGCAUGUGUCGUUUGGAAAGGCAGUUGGAAAGGUCCUGGAGUUCUUCAUCGUGGAUGAAGUCGAAGUCCCCUACGUGUUCCAACAUCGCAAAGAUUACCUCCUACACACAACGAAGACGCGUAACUCAAACUCGGAAGAGGGGGAUGGCUCUGAGUAUUCCAUUCACGCAGAGAAGUUGCUGAACCAGGACGAUUUAUGGAGGAUUUUGGAACUUGAUAUCAAAUUUCGCUCGUUUGUGGAGAAGCGAAAUGCACUUGAGAGGACUUUUGACAACCUCAAGACGAUGGAUGUCGAGGAUGCCGUAAUCGAGGAGAUGACACCCGAGGCCGCCACCAUGGAAGACCUUCAGGAUCUUCAGGAUUAUUUACACUUCCAGUAUGCCCAGCAGCUCAAAGAUCUUGCAGCUUUGUCUGGAAACACAGCCCAGACAAAGCGCCCUGGGUCGAAGUCUUCGCUACUUGACCGAGUUCGCAAGAGCAGGGCAAUGCAAUUCGUCAAGGCUUAUGGCAUAUCGGUUGACCAACUUGCCAAGAACGCACUUCGCCAGGGCAAGAAAGUCGCACCAGAUGACGAUGCUCAGUACCCAAUGGAUCUUGCCGAUAGCCUGGUAGACGACACGUUCAACACUGGUGAUCAAGUCAUCAAUGCUGCGCGACAGUUGUAUGCUGAGGAACUUUUUGUCAGCCCGAGAAUGCGCAAGCAUUUCAGAAACUCGUUCUACCAGGCGGCUGAGAUUAGCUGCCGACGGACGGACAAAGGCCUUCGAAGGAUUGAUGAAUCACACCCUUACUACGAAAUCAAGUACUUGCAAAAUCAGGCCAUUGCUGACAUGGUCCACCAGCCAGAGCUUUUCCUGAAGAUGAUGCGUGCUGAAGAAGAGGGUUUGGUUGAGAUCAAGCUGGAUAUGGGGAGAUAUAAUUUCCGCCACCAGCUGUACCAGGAAUUCGAGUCGGAAAACUUCUCUGAUCGUGCCGAACAGUGGCGGGAUGAGCGCAAGAAGGUUCUUGACCUAGCGUACCCCAAAUUGGAGAAAAUCAUCGCCAAGAGUGUGAAGGAAGUGAUUCGAACUUUCUGCCAGGACGAGGUCCUGAAAAUGUGCCGAGAGGAGUACGUGAAGCGUCUUGACCAGGCGCCAUGGAAGCCUAAGGGUAUGAUUCUGGGAACAGCAGCAAGGGUCCUUGCAAUCUCCAACGGAAUGGGUGACCCUGGCCGCGAUCCCAUCUUCUGGGCAUGGGUUGACGACGACGGGCGUGUUUUGGAACAGGGCAAGUUCGGCAAUCUCGCCCGUGAUGAACGUCAACGAGAGGAGUUUGUUGAGCUGUUGGACAGGCGUCGUGCGGAUGUGAUCGCAGUCAGUGGCUGGUCCACGCAGACUCACAAGCUCGUUCUUGAUGUCGAAGCACUUGUUCGCGACAGGAACAUCCUGGGCGGCGACUUUGAUGAUCCGGAAACAGAUGAACGCACACGAGAGCCUUUGGAAGUCGUGGUUGUGAAUGAUGAGGUUGCACGUCUGUACAAGGACAGUCCGCGGGCGCACGCCGAGCACCCAUCUCUCAACCCGGUGACGAGAUACUGUGUGGCGCUGGCGCGGUAUAUGCAGGAUCCCAUGAAGCAGUAUGCCGCCCUCGGAAAGGACGUUUCAUCGCUAUCCUUCCACCCAUGCCAAAAUUUGUUGCCCCAAGAGAAGCUGAACAAGUAUCUGGAAUCUGCUAUGGUUGAUAUGGUCAACCUGUGUGGUGUUAACAUCAACGAUGCAAUGACAGAUUCAUACGUUCAGAACCUCCUGCCAUAUGUUGCAGGUCUGGGCCCUCGUAAAGCCAUGAGUGUUGUGAAAGCAAUCAACGCCAAUGGUGGUGUUGUCAACACAAGAGAUGAACUGGUGGGCGACCCCGAUAGCGGCAAAUUGCCUGUUGUUGGCCCGAGAGUCUGGAAUAACUGCGCCAGUUUCUUGUGGAUUGAGUAUGAUGCGACCAAUUCUUCCUCCGACCCUCUGGAUAACACUCGUGUCCAUCCUGAGGACUACGAGCUUGGUCGCAAAAUGGCGGCUGAUGCUCUCGAGUUGGAUGAGGAAGAUGUCAAGGCCGAGACUGACGAGAACGGAGCCGGCGCCAUUGUCAGAAAGCUCUUCAAGCAGGAGGAGCAGGACAAGGUAAACGAGCUGGUGCUUGAGGAGUACGCUGAGCAGCUGCUUCGCAACUAUCAACAACGCAAGCGGGCGACCUUGGAGACGAUCCGAGCCGAACUCCAGGCCGUCUACGAAGAACUGCGGAGGAACUUCUCCCUCUUGACCACUACAGAAAUCUUCACCAUGUUCACUGGUGAGACGCCCCAGACAUUGUGCGAUGGCAUGAUUGUGCCCGUCAAUGUCCGAGUCGUCAAGGACGAUUUCGCUCUGGUCAAGUUGGACUGUGGUAUUGAGGGUCGUUUGGAGGCACACGAGGUCACAUCACGAUCAUCUGUUAAAGAUGUAUUGAGCAGCGGGCAGACGGCGCAGGCCAAGAUUCUUGAAAUGAACUACAAGGAUUUCGCUGCCAAGAUGUCGAUGCGGGAGGAUGUCCUCAAGAUCCCCUAUAAGCGACCAAUCAACUACGGUCGCGACGGCUGGGACUACACCCUGGAGUCUGCAGACAAGGAAGAGCUGCGAGAGAAGGACAAGACAACGGGGCGUACGCAGCGUGUUGUCAAGCAUCCCAACUUCAAGCCAUACAACUCGGUUCAGGCCGAGGAGUACCUGGGCUCCAAACCAAUUGGUGAAGUCAUUAUUCGCCCGUCAUCAAAGGGUAACGAUCAUCUGGCAGUCACAUGGAAGGUUGCAGACAACGUGUACCAGCACAUUGAUGUCUUGGAGAUGCAGAAGGAGAACGAGUUCUCGGUUGGCAAGAUUCUACGAAUCAGCAAAUACACGUACACCGAUCUCGAUGAGUUGAUCGUCGAACAUGUCAAGGCAAUGGCACGCAAGGUGGAAGAGCUGAUGCGAAACGACAAGUACCAGAACAGGUCUCGGGGCGAGACAGAAAAAUGGCUCACGACAUACAUUGAUGCCAACCCACAGCGCUCAGCCUAUGCAUUCUGCAUCGACGCGAAGCAUCCCGGCUACUUUUGGCUGUGCUUCAAGGCAAGCCGUACUGCGCGAGUCAUUGGCCUGCCGGUGCGGGUGAUCCCCCAGGGCUUCGAGCUCAAGGGGUAUCAAUACCCCGACAUGCGGGCUUUAUGUAACGGAUUCAAGCUACGAUUCCAGAACGAAUUCUCCAAGAUGGGUGGGAGGUAA